ACAACCCGCUACAUUGAGCCUAUCCCUGACAACAUCCCCGUCAUGGAGACCCGUGACCAGUUGCACGAAUUAGCCCAUGAAAACUCCAAAGGCAGCCUAGACGACCGAAACGGCGGGUACUACAUGCUCGACAAAAAGGGCAAAGUGCUGGCCGUGGCGUCGGAUGAUUUGUGCGAGCACUUGGAUGCCUCGAUGAAGUCUGCUAAGCAGAUACAUACUAGAGAUAACCUUGAAGAA